CUCUCUUUCUCUCUCUCUCUCUCUCUUCCAAACCGACUCAACCUAUUUUCUCGAAAUCCAAAACAGAAAUAUAAAAAACAAACAAAUUUUUAAUAUAUAUAUAUAUAAAAGUACCAAAAAGUCCCAAAUACCAUCAACAACAGAAACCCUAAUUUCAGCCACCUCCCUCCUCUCUUUCUCUCCGUCUUGUUUUCUUCGAUUUCUUGAUAAAUCUGAUAGUAUAUUCAAAUACAAACACAUGUAUAUAUACAAACUGUAAAUCUUUCUUUGUGUCGUUUGAUCUUGCUAAUCCGAACCAUCGGAUCUGUAUUUUUUUUUUCCGAUCUGAAACAGAGAAAGCUUCGAUCAGCCCAGAUCUGACCCACACGCGCCUAGAUCUGAAGAAACAGCAUGGUCUUGAAUGGACGGCCUUUGAAGCGGAUGAAGAGGCGAGUCACGGCCGAUAUCAACGACUUCCUCACUUUCCCCUCCUCCGGCGACGCUGCCUACGACGACGUUGGACCUUUCAGGACCAGCGUGAGGGCGUUCCUGACCAAACACGCUACCCUUCCGCCACCGUCCUCUCUCUUUCCCCACCUGCUGACGUGGCAGAUCCUGUUCCGAGUCGGUGAUCUAGCCGACGAGACUUCGCCGGCGGUGGUGUGCCUCGACGUCGUGGAGGAGGACGUGGCCAGAUCUAGAUCCGUAUACUGCGAUCAGUGCCGAGUCGUCGGUUGGAGUGGUAAUCCAGUGUGCGCGAAGCGUUAUCAUUUCAUAAUAAAAUCAGAUGGCAGUUCCAUUGGCGGCUAUCAGAAGUCUUGUGCCGGUUGUGGGGAUGUUCUUCUCCUCUCAGAGUCUAGGUGCAAGUCAUGCAACCAUGUUAUGACUACAGAAGAUGUAGAAGACUGGAUGUAUCACCAGUUGGAGGACACAACUCAUCUUCUGCAUGGCGUGGUCCACGCGAAUGGCUUUGGGCACCUUCUUAGGGUCAACGGCAGAGAAGGUGGCUCAAGGGUGCUUGCUGGACGUCAUAUCAUGGAUUUUUGGGAUCGGCUGUGUAAAGUACUUGGUGUCAGAAAGGUCAGUGUGAUGGACGUGUCGAAGAAGUACGGGUUGGAGUACCGACUACUAUAUGCUAUCACCAAGGGCCGUCCAUGGUAUGGGGACUGGGGUUAUGAGUUUGGUGCUGGUAGUUUUGCUCUCACUCUUGACGCCUACAAAGCGGCUGUAGAAACCCUUUCUAAACAACCGUUAUCCAACUCUCUCUCUCAAGGACGGAAACCUCGCACUCGGUUACAGGAUGUUAUCUUUUUUUAUCAGUCCUUGUCAGAGCGUGAGCUUGUAAAUAUUAGAGACCUCUUGUGUUUCUUGAUGAGUUUGAUCCAUGAUGUCCGCAAAGGUUCAUCAAGGGUUGAUGAUGUUAAUGGUAAGAAGCGUCGGUUUUGCACCUCAAGUACCUUGUGUGCGUGGACUACCAGUGACAUCGAACGGGUGGUAGAAGCAAUGUUUAGAGUAUUACGGGCAGUUACUGGGCCCAACUGGGUGACUUGGCGUGCUCUUAGGGGUGCUGUAUGCAAAGUUGCUCCUCCAGAGCUUCUGGAUUACUGCCUCAAGGAACUGAAAGGGAAAUGUACCGCUGAUGGGAUGGUUGUACAUGCCCGGUGUAAUCCUGAUUCGGGUGCUAUAGAGUACAGACUUGAGCCAGGUAGUCUAGUUAAUGGAAAUACCACCGGCACCAAUUCUGCAGUCACAAACCACCCUUCUGAAGAACAUUUACUGCGGGACCUGAGAUUCUUGUAUGAAUCCCUUCUCCACCCUCAAACCAUGCUGUACAAUGGGCCUCAGGCAAAUAGAGAUCUUGCAGUCAGAUCAGCUACAAAGCUUCUUGAUUGCAAGCAAUUUGUGAAAGAUUACAAUCCCGAAAACAAGUUGAAUUUUGAGAACCCAUCCACAAUAUGCCUCUCAUGUGAUGUGGAACUUAUGGAACAAUCUGAAGACUAUGUCACUAAUCCACCUCCGGAACUACUUGUGCUAUCACCAAAUGCUACCAUUUGUGACCUUAAGACUGAGGCAUCAAAGGCUUUUCAAGAAGUGUAUCUGAUGUUCAGAAGAUUUCUAGCUGAAGAGCUACUUGGCUAUGGUGGUGUUGAUGAAUCCACCCAGCUCAGGCUCUUGUUAGGGUCAACUGAAUCUGUGCGAGUCCGGGGAAGAUGCUUUGGGAAAAACGGGUUGAGCAGGUUUAGGAUGGAGAGGGGAAUGGAGCGAUGGACUGUGGAUUGCAAUUGUGGUGCUAAGGAUGAUGAUGGUGAGAGAAUGUUAGCCUGUGAUGUGUGUGGAGUGUGGCAGCACACUAGGUGUGCUGGGAUACCCGACUCAGAGGCGGUUCCUGCUAGGUUUGUUUGCUGCAAAUGCAGGGGCUCGGGCCUAGUGACCAAAGCCACUAAUGGGCUCUGCGAUGAGACCAUGGGCUUUGGCAGCAGUGGCGGCUUGGGAAAGAGCAUAAUGAAUGCUGUUUGAGGUGCGCUGGAAGGCUGCCUUUUGUAUAUGUUUUCUUAUGGCUUUCUUUCUUUUUUUAAAAAAAAAUUUGUUAUUGUAGGAGAGGUUUCCUGAGGCCUGAAAAGCAUUUGUAUAUAUAGACCAGGGGCCUCAAGAAUGCACCCAGUGCAGUUGUAGUUGCUUUUCCUCUUUUCAUCUUUAAAAAUAGUUUUUUGUUUUUGUUUUUGUUU